AUGCCCCUGGGGAGGAGAGGAAGGACGGGAAGAGACAAAGAGCUGGAGGGAGAAGCUCUCGCCACCCAGCCAGCUAGCCCACAGAAGGCUUGGGACACAUGGCCUCCACCCUUGGGUUCCUGGUGCAUAGGUGCCAUGCAGCCCCGGACGCUUCUCACUGUGGCCCUCUUGGCUCUCCUGGCAUCUGCUCGAGCUGAAGAGGUAGAGGGAUCCUUACUGCUGGGCUCUGUGCAGGGCUACAUGGAACAAGCCUCCAAGACGGUCCAGGAUGCGCUAAGUAGCGUGCAGGAGUCCGAUAUAGCUGUGGUGGCCAGGGGCUGGAUGGACAAUCCCUUCGGGUCCCUGAAAGGCUACUGGAGCAAGUUUACUGACAAGUUCACCGGCUUCUGGGAUUCUAACCCUGAGUACCAACCAACUCCAGCUAUUGAGUCGUGAGACUUCUGUGUUCCAGAUGUGCCUGUUCCUCCAUCCUGCUGCCCCCCUCCAGGCCUUCCAGGUGGCCCCUGAAGGUUGCUUUAAGGGGAAAGUAUGUUCUCAUGUCUUCACCCCUCCCUAGAUCUCACCUAAACAUGCUGUCCCUAAUAAAGCUGGAUAAGAAGCUGCGGUUA